AUGGACAGCAGUGACGAGACUGUUGAGCACGGAAAGCAACAGGAAGAAAAGAUGAUGGAGACAAUAUUUAGUGUAUUAGUAGUACCGCCUUGUGAUAAAACUAAGGAACCCAUACGUUUAGAAAACGUGAGUCCUUUGGAUACGGUAAUGUCUUUGCGUCAGCUUAUUGCUGAAAUUCCAAUACUUGCGUGUUAUACGUGUUAUCAUUUGGAAGUGAAAAGCCUUAUGGAUAAUACAUGGCAAAUACUUAAUGACUAUGUAGAACUUGGUGAGUAUGAGGCUGUGCGUGAUGGCGUUACGCUGCGUUUAGUGCUGGACAAGUAUGAUGCUCGUAAAGUGCGUGCUCACGUGCGUCGCUUCCGUGAUGUCAAUAGCAAUCCACCGAUUCCCCAGGCAUUAAGUGAAGAAUUCGACUCUCAAUUGAAUGUUGCUGACGAGAUCGAGGAGCCGACGAAGGAAAAGGAGACGGAUGAGGAGAAACUCAAGGAGAUUUCCGAGCAGCAGCUUAAGCGAUUGAGAGAGAUUCAUCAUAAGCUCGAGGGAAUUGAAGUGCCGGUUGUACCCAACCUUGCUGAGUUUUACUCCUUUUCAGGAACUAAUCCUGGUGCACAGGAAGAAAACCAAGUGGAAGUAUCUACUAAGAGCAAAGACCAGAAAAAGAAAAAAGGGAAAAAAAUACAGCAAAAGAAGCAGCAGAUGGAAGCAAACGAGCUGAAAGACAAGAAACAAGAACCGGACGCUACACUUCCUGUUUGUGUGAAAAGCAUCGUGUUUUCGGGCUACAAUCCUCCCCCAGGUCCACGUAAGCUGGCGGGUGAUCUGCUCUAUCUGGAGGUAGUUGUCGCUGGCGAUAACACGCGCUACCACAUUACAGCACAUGUCAACGGCUUCUUCGUGAACCGCUCCACGGCCACCAAAUUUGACCCGCGCCCGCACAAGACGUCUGCGAGCCAUGCGCACCUCUUGGUGGAUGUAUUGAGCACAGUGUCGCCAAAGUUUAGAGAGUCCUGCGGGCUCCAACUUGGGUGGCAAGUUGCCGUGGAACACGCCUGUUUCCUCAACGGGGAACACACGUUCGACCUUAACCGCGCUGAGGAUGAAAUUUGCGCAUCGUACGGUAUGGACGAACGUGGUGUGUUGCGUGAUUGGAAUGAAGAGUACCAAUGCUGCCGCGAGUUGCCAACCGAUUCACUCAAGGAGGAAAUUGUGCGCGCUCGUGUAAUGUACAAGAUCGUGACGGAGUUCGCCGAAGCUGCGACACAGGGCGCGGUGGCUAUCGUUGAGGGAAACAUUCCUCCUAUGAACCCCAUGGACGACAAGAGUACACACGUCUACGUUUUUAACAACAUUUUUUUCUCCGUGUCCAUUGACGGCAUGUCCAUAAAGGAUGCAGCUGGUGGUGAGGAGAAUGCCUACUCGGCUGCAAACCGUGACUUACAGGGUGUGAAGGCAUUUAACGAGGCGGAUGUGCGGGGUCUGCACACGCUAGCCACAACGGUUGUGGAUUAUCUUGGUGUCCGCGUUAUCGCCCAAAGCCUUAUACCGGGCAUCCUUAUGGGAGACGCUGCCUCCAAGCUUGUGUACGGCUCCGUCGAUCACGGAAAGACUAUUGCAGCAAGUAGCAAGAUGCACAAGCUAAUGCUUGAGGCAGGCGCAAAGUUGCACAUCGCAGAGCGUAGCAUUAUGCCGCUCGGCAAGAGUGAAGAUGAUCUGGCUGCUGAGAAGAAGCAAGAGGCUAUUGGUGUGCUUCCUGCCAACGGCGAUGAAGCAGGCACCGAUGUCGCAACUAUUUGUAGCGCAGUUGAGGCUAAAGGAAUUCAGGGCUCUGACGGUCGUCUUUAUGUUCUGGACCUGGUCCGCAUUACCCCAAAGGAUUGGACAUUUUACAAAAAUCAGACAGGUGUUAAGAACACAGAGGAGAAGGCAACCAUUGCAGCUGAAGUAGACGGGCUGUGCUUUACGCGUAAUGAUGAGGGUUAUGCUGCUUUGUUACGCCCAGAACUGGUCCAUCUGUACUCGCUGUGGAAGCAGAACCAAGCUCGCCGCGCCAAUCGCGAGGCUCGCAAGGCGGCAAAGGGGGACGCAGAUAAGGAGAAAGAGGGAGAUAGUGCCAAUGUUGACUCUGAAAAGAAGGAUGACUCUACACUUGAGAAAGAAGAAACGGAGAAGAGUGAGCAUAAAGAGGGGGAUGAGGAGGAAGAAGAAAUUCCUCCGGUACUACUAAACCCGAAUGUCUUCAUGGAAUACACUGCUUCAACUGAUCUAGAACAGCUUAAAACUGAUGAGACGGCUGCAAAAGAUGCCGCGGAGUACCUGCAAAAAAUUGUUAUACCGGCCUUUGUGGCUGACGUUCGGCGUGGUGCAAUUGCCCCCGCUGAUGGCUAUUCCCUCACACACUUGCUGCACUCCUGCGGUAUUAACAUGCGCUACCUAGGCCGUCUGGCAUCACUUGCCAAGAAGCUUGAGGCAAUUAGCGGUAUUUCUAAGUAUUUGCUCGAGUUGGUUGAAGUGGAAAUGAUCUCGCGCGUAGCUAAGCACAUCUUGGCCGACGUCUUGAACUCCAAUGACUCUAUCCGUGCUGCCCCUGGACCGGCUAUUGUGAAGCUCCUCAAUGGCAUUCUCGGAUCUGCUUUAGGAAACAAGAAUGUCUUGGAGACAAAUGCUGAUGAUACAACGACUUCUUCAUUGGAUGCUGAGUCGCUUUGGGCGCGCAUUGACAACGAGGUUAAGGCCCGAUUCGACUAUAAGUUGUCUAUUUGGGGUCCUGGCCGCGACGAGUCUAGCGGUGAGGGUGCCGCAUUCCCUACUAGCCGAAUGAACAAGACAGUCAUGCUGCGACGUCUGUGCCAGCGUCUGGGCCUACGUGUGGAAAGCCGUAACUACAAAUUUUCGUCAUCUACGCCAAUUAGCCUGGAUGACAUCACUGGCGUUGUGCCUGUUGUAAAGACGUCAUUGCCUGCCCACCCAUUAGCACAGGCUAAGAAGCUCCUAGAGCGUGGACGCUUGCACUUGAGUCAGGGUGCCCUUUCCAGUGCGUACGAGUUUCUUCAGGAAGCAUCAUCCCUGCUGUUUCAGGUAUGUGGUGCAGCCCAUGAGGAUGCAGCUAUCUGCAGCUCAUCACUCGCUACUGUUUUUUACCACGCUGGCGACAUUUCUGGUGCUAUCGCUCAGCAGCAGCGAGCCUUGGCUCUGUAUACACAGCUCCAGGGUGCUGACUACCAUGACACCGCAUACGCGCAUGCAAACUUGGCGCUGUUCCUGCACGCAAACGCCCAAACGGACCUGGCAGUGCCGCACAUCCGCCGCGCCAUUUACCUGUUGGAGUUCUGCUGUGGUCCUCAUUUUCCGGAGAUUGGUUCGCUGUAUUUCAAGAUGGGUAUGAUGUGUCAGGACGUCGGGCAGAUUUCACUCGCUCUGAUGUGCCACCGCGAGUCUCUUCGUCGCGGUGAGUUUGAUCGCAACCAGGCGGCUAACACGCUUCACCAAAUGGCCGUGGCAUGCAGCCUUGCUGGCGGCUACCGCGAGGCUCUUGCCUACGAGAAAAAGGUGUACUUGCUUUUUAAAGAGGCAUUCGGUGAUGACGACCCGCGCGUGAUCGAGUCUGCCAAGUUUAUGGCUACAUUCACGGAGAAGGCUGUAGAGGGUGCUAAGGGCCGCCGGGAAGUAGAUGCCGCAGCGGCGGCCGAUGCCAUUGCCAACCAACUGCUCGGAGAACUUGAGACGAAGACGGGAGCUGAUCAAGACGCUGGGUCCCUAUCCGCAGGCAAAAAGAAAUUGCGGAAGUCCAGGAGCGGAGGCAAGAAGCACUAA